AUGGAUGAAACAUUUUGUGGCGUUUGCUGCCCUGUGCCUCAAAUAUGCCCAAAAGGAACAUUAGAAGGGCCAAGAUGCUCAUAUCAAAAACAUUGCCCCUACGGGGAUACCUGCUUAAAUGGCGUGUGUUGUCGGCAGUUGUUUAAAACUUUCAAACCCUACGAGGAAGUACAGUUUCCAAGACCAAUUCCAGCCAGAAGACAUAUUUUCAAAGAACAGAACAAUCCAGGAGUUAUUCCUCAAGUGAAGCAACGGGUGUUGAAAUACCCCCGCGUAACUCUUAAACCACGUGUCAAUGUGAACCCCCGUGUUACCCCCUUGAUACCGCGUGUCAUACAUAAACCGCGUCGUCCCACACAACAUCGUGCCACGUGUUCUGGAGGAUUUCUUCCGUCGGGAGUUUGCAGCUUAGUUUUUACAGAAUCCCAAAGACCAAGACCAAAGCGACCUUCCACACCGAUGUUCAUUUUGAAACCAAUCAGCCCCGACUUCCUGCCUCCUAACAACCACCACGUGACCAACCCACCGCCACCACAACCACCACGUAAUAAUCACGUGGUCACAAACCCACCACGGGUGCCACCAAUCAGACUAGACGUUGCUCCACCCGCAACUGAUCCGUUUGUGUUUAAUCCAACGAUUGGUCCAACUAUUCAACCUCAAGUUCCCCAAUCACAUCAAACAAUUAAGAAGGCACCAAGCAUCCCUGUGGCACGCCCACCGAUGACCAAUCCACCAAUCAACGAGCGGCCUAAGAUUGGUGAGGUUCCUGUGGCACGCCCACCGAUUACUAAUCAACCAAUCAACGAGCGGCUGAUGAUUGGUGAGGUUCCUUUUCCGAAUUUCCCGCCAUUUCUCGGGGACGGUCAAGUUCCCCACACAAUUCCAAACACGGCACAACCAGCCAAACUGCCGCCAUCUUGUCCUUUCGGAUACACGAUUCUGAUUGGUCACACAUGUGCCAAUUGUCCAAUGAGAAGUCUGUGCAUAAUGAAUACGUGUUGUGACUUUAUCCCGCUUUCAACCCCAACAAAAGUUCCUUCGACAAGAGAGUUCUUCAUACCAGCACCAUUAGGACCGACGCCACCCGGCGUUAAAACUACCAAAACAACAGCUAAGACCCCUGUAAUCGCAACACCGAACGUAAAACCACCAGCAACACUUAUUUACGAACCAUUUGUACCGCUGUCACCUUCGGGGCCUGCACAAAACCCUUUUCAACCAGUAGCAAACAAUCCACUCAUUCCACCAACUAACCCACCUAUAUUCCAAGUAUUCACCACACCAUCACCGUUUAUAGUAAAUACACCAAAACAAACGCUUCCUCCUCAGCAACCAGUAACGGCCAAAACACAACCAUCUCGACCUCCUCUUCCACAGUUGCCUGCUUUUCCUGCAGGUAUACCGACCUUUCCUCCAUUCAAUAUUCCAGUAACGAACCCUCCUAUUAGUCCAACAAAUCCCGUUAUAAAACCUUUAGCUUCCAACCCAUUACUUCCCCCGUCAUUCGUCCCUUCAUUUCCGGCCUUUAGUCCACCAACGACAAUGAAUAUUCCUCAGCAGCCUCAUAUACCGCCAACUCAACCUCCAAGUUUCCAAACACAACCUCCAAGUUUCCCAACAUACCCCCCAAGCUUCACAAAAAAACCUCCGAAUGGCCCAAUUUUACCAAACUUACCAGCGGCUGUUCCAAGCUUUCCAACAAAAGCUCCGACCGUUCCAAUCUUACCAAAUUUACCAGCAUCCAUUCCAAAUGUUCCAACAAAACCUCCCACAGUUCCAAUUUUACCAAACUUUCCACCAUUAAUACCAACGCAACCAUACAUACCACCAUUUAUUCCAACAAAGCCAAACCUACCCUCAGUCGUACAAACACCACCAAAUGCUCCACCAUACAUUCCAACACAACCAAACUUACCUCCAGCAAUACCAACACAACCGAACUUAUUCCCAGUAGUACCAGGCAAACCAAAUGCUCCACCAUACAUUCCAACACAACCAAACUUACCUCCAGCAAUACCGACCCAACCCAAAUUACCCCCAAUUAUACCAACACAACCAAAUGCACAACCACCCCCAAUCAUGCCCACACCACCAAAUGCACUACCAGUCAUUACAACACAACCAAAUUUAUCACCAGUUAUACCCGUUCAACCGAAUGAACCAGCAUUCGUUCCAGUACAACCAAAAUUACCUCCAAUUGUUCCAAACCAACCAAACCUACCCUUAUUCGUACCAACACAACCAUCUCGACCGGUGCUUCCAACUCAGCCAUAUCUACAACCAGGUUUUCCAAAUCAACCAAAUAUGUCAGCAUCAAUUCCUAGACAGCCAGUAGCUCCGCCUCCAAUCUUACCCCCUAUAUAUCCACAGCAAUUAAUUCCGUCGACGACUGUACCAAACAAUCCACCAACAAUCAAACCACCGGCCAUGUUUGAACCGCUUUCACCUUUUGCACCAGUCCCACCAAAACCACUCACACCACUUGACUUAAUUCCACCAAUUUUGAGAGCAUUUAAGUUUCCUUCAUUGCCAACAGGAAACAAAGCUCAACCCAUUGGGUCAAAUAUACCAAUAAAUAUAACAUUCCCACCACUGGCAUUGCCGCCAGCGGUAAACACACAACCCAGUUUACCAUUGUUUCCAAAUACGUUACCUCCGUUUACGUACAAUCCAAUUCCUUCACAAUCGCGGCCACUUCAGACUACACCAGUCCCUGUUUCAAACUUCACAACUCGACCUAUUCAGCAACCAGUCCCUGUCUUCAACUACACAAACAGACCGAUUUUGACACCAGUCCCAGUUCUUAACUACACGAACAGUCCAAUUUUGACACCAGUCCCAGUUUCCAACUUUACAUAUCCACCAGUUCCGACUCUAGUCCCUACCAAGCCAGUUAUACCAAGUUUUACUUUGAAGCCCGUCAUUCCACCGUUUUCAGCCAAACCGGUCAUACCGUCUUUCCCACCAAAGUCAACACCAUUUGUUCCAAUAUCGCGUCCAGGUUUUGUAGGGCCUUUCAUACCAAAUCUCCCAUCCGCUUAUACGACACCAAAACCAGUAAUUCCAUUCCUUCCGUUCCCUUUCCUACCGCAAAUUCCUUCCAAUCCUGCGAUUCCCCCAAUUCCUACUCAGCAAAAACCCACAUUUCGUCCCGACAUUGUACCUCCCGGUGUGAAUCCAACGGUUCCGACUGUACCUUUACAUAUGAGGCCUGACGUGUUUAUUCCCACUACCCACAAGCCAGAUACAGUAGUACCGUUCUUUCCUAAUCUAAUAAAUCAACCAUCUACAAACCAGUCACAUAAAACAACAGUAAAACCAGAUUCGGCAUUUCCAUUUUUUCCUAACAUAAUUCAAACACCUUCGCCGAACCAAGCACCUCCAAUAACGCUGAAACCUGACACGGCCUUCCCUAUUCGUCCUAACAACACGAAUACCCCAUCAACUCCUCCCCAAAACACAACAAAACCUCUUCUAUUUCCACCCCUUUUCCCGCCAGUGUUCCCACCCACCAGAUACCCAUUCACAAUAACAACCACGCUUUACCCUGUAAAUGGGGUACCAGCUACGGGCACCACUACUUACCCUAUCCCUGUAAUUCCAAAUUUUACACAAACACCUCUUUUACCAAAUCUUCCUUCACAACCAGCUUUACCAAAUACUACUGCGCCCCCAUCAGUUACAUUUCCACCAUUUCCAACUUUUACACAAACACCUCUUUUACCAAAUCUUCCUUCACAAUCAGCUUUACCAAAUACUACUGCGCCCCCAUCCGUUACAUUUCCACAAUUUCCAACUUUCACAAAAACACCCCUUUUACCAGAUCUUUCUUCACAAUCAGUUUUACCAAAUACUACUGCACCCCCAAACGUAACAUUUCCACCAUUUGCAACCUUCCCGCCAAUAAACUACGUACCAACAGUCCCGAACAAAGUUCCUCCAGUAAAAUAUACUCCUAACAGUAAGCCUCCGACACCUAGCUUCCCUUCUAUAGUGCCGUCAACUUACUCGCCAUUAAACGGUGUACCGGUAACUUACCCGCCUCCUGCAAUUAAUCCGCCAAUAACAUUACGACCAUACGCCGGAACAUUCAAACCCAUAAACAUUACUGUUCCGCCACAAUACAUGUACUCAACUCCCAGUUAUUGGUGGGACAAUAAUGCAACUUAUCCUAGCAAUGUAACUUUCGCUUAUUCCAAUUUUAACAAUUCCGUUACCUAUAUUCCAACUUAUAACGGUACAUACUAUGACUUCAAUGGCACGUCUAACACAACAUUUCCACCUACCUAUAUCGACUAUAAUACAACUGUACCAUAUUCCAAUUUUAACAAUUCGGUUACAUAUAUCCCAACAUAUAACGCUACGUAUUACGACUUCAAUGUCACAUCUAACGUAACAUUUCCACCAAUGUAUAUCGACUACAAUGCAACAUUACCAUCUAACUUCGUUGACUUCAAUAGCACAUACCAAACAACACAGAUUCCACCAAACGUAACAUCAAAUUCACAUUUCAAUACAACAACUGUUCCAAGAACGACAAUCCGUCCAGUGCCUGUCUGUCCGGCAGGAAAUAUUUCGAUACCUGGGUUAUCAUGUGAUAGCAUCUAUAUGUGCCCUGCUGGAAGCAAAUGUUAUGGCGGCAUAUGUUGUCUCCCCGCCCAAACUAUUCAAGUCCCUGCUUGUCCCAUCGGGUUCUUGAGUAACAAGGUGUGUCCCGAUCCACCCCUUCCAGAUGAAUGUACAACAAGUAAGGACUGUGGAAACAGAAUGGUUUGUUGUCUCACUGGAUGUGAUCGACGAGUUUGUAAACCAGUCGAUAAAAUUAAAGAAAGUAAACCGAGGAAAUAG